CUAUGAAGACAGAUCCACCCAAAAUGACCGAUGUGGAGUCUGGGGUCCCCAAUUUUGCAUCUUCAUCCAGGGCAGGCCGCCGGAACGCCGUGCCAGAUAUCCAGAGCUCGGCGGCCACGAGUGGAACCUCAGAUCUGCCUCUCAAACUGGAAGCUCUCUCUGUGAAGGAAGAUGUCAAAAAGAAAGAUGAAGAAACAACACAAGACCAGCCGGAAAAGCCCCAAAAUGAAGGAAAAUAA